AUGAGUGGAAAGUUUGUCAGGGCAUCCAAGUAUCGCCAUGUUUUUGGACAAGGUUCCAAACGGGAAUUGUGCUAUGAAAAUCUCAAAAUAACAAAAAACGCAUGGGACUCCAAUAUCAUUCAAACUAAUGGAAAAUACAUAUCAGCAAAUUGGGAUGCUUCUGGAGGUGGUGCAUUUGCAAUUAUCCCGGUUGAGGAAGUAGGUAAAGCUCCCGAUAAAGUUUCGUUGUUUAGAGGACACAAGGGUCCUGUUUUGGAUACUGCAUUCAACCCAUUUGAUGUACAAGAGGUUGCAAGUUGUUCGGAUGACGGGAAGAUUUUGAUUUGGAAAAUUCCCAAAGAUUACUCAUUCCACCAUUAUCUUGAUGAAGAUGAGGAAAUUAAGGAUAUCACCGAACCCGAAAAGGUGUUGCUGGGGCAUACAAGAAAAGUCGGAUUGAUUGAGUACCAUCCUUGUGCUGCGAAUGUUUUAGCAUCAAGCUCUUUGGACUAUAGUGUCAAAAUAUGGAAUACUGAAACUGGAAAAGAUGAAAUUACCUUGCAACACAAGGACUUGGUGACAUCUUUUGCUUUCAACUAUAAUGGAUCUUUAUUGGCUACCACAUCCAGAGACAAGAAACUUAGAAUUUGGGAUAUAAGGUCAGGAAAAGUGUUAUCUGAAGGUCCCGGACAUACGGGAGCCAAGCCUUCUAGAGUAAGAUGGUUAGGAAACACAGACAGGGUAGUAACAACUGGGUUUUCCAAGUUGUCAGAUCGUCAAGUUGGGGUUUGGGACAUCCAACAUAUUGAUGAAGGACCAAUUGGUGGAUUCAUGGUGAUUGAUGCAUCAUCAGGUGUUUUAAUCCCUUACUUUGAUCCUGAGAACUCAAUAUUGUACCUCGCUGGGAAAGGUGAUGGAAACAUUCGUUAUUAUGAAUAUGACAAUGACAUCUUGCAUGAGUUAUCCCAGUAUGCUUCUACUGACCCCCAAAGAGGAUUCGCUGUUGCACCAAAACAUUCGGUCAACGUGAAAGAAAAUGAGGUGGUGAGAGCUUUCAAGACAGUUUUAGAUACACUGAUUGAACCAAUAAGUUUUAUUGUCCCUAGAAGAUCGGAGUUGUUUCAACUGGAUAUAUAUCCAGAUUGUCCUUCAACCACGCCUGCUUUAAGUGCACAAGAAUGGUUCGAUGGUAAGGAGGUUAAUGGACCGGUUUUGAUAAAUAUGGAGGCUAUCUACGAAGGAACGGAACCAAGGUUGAAAGAUAGUAAACCUGUCACCAAAAUAUCAGAGGCUAAGGAGGCUAAGAACAAAGACUUGGAAAAACAAAAGGAAGAAGCGGGUAAGAAGAAAAAGGAGAAGGAGGAGACAUCAAAGGAGAAGGAAAAGGAAAAGGAGACACUGAGUGGAAACAAGUCUGAUUCAACGAAAGGGCAGAGCCACUCCACUGAAACUGUUUCUUCUUUGAGCGGUACACCUGACAAAAAUGUGGAUGAAUUGUUACAGAGCUCCAACGAAGUUGGUGAUUUGCUAAACAAAGUGGCCGAACAAUCAGAUGACGAGGAUGCAAGUGGCGCAGACGAAACAAGGGACGAUGGAUGGGAAGAAGUGAAGAAGCCCGAAGCUAAGUCGGCCUCACCUGUUGAGAGGGACUCGAAAGAGGCAAAAGAGAUUGAAAGUGAAAGGAGUGGAUCAUCCUCCACUGAAAAAGCUUUGAAGGAAGAAUCCGCAGAGCCCGAAUCCAUGAAACCUGUAUCAACUUCUCUCGAACCUAAAGCAGUCAAACCCGAUGAAAGCAAUGCGACGAAAACAACUCCAGAGCCAGAGAAGAUUAGCGAAAAGAGUUCCAAUGUGAAGGACACCGACGUAUCCGAAGAAAAGGACAAGCAAGAGAAGAAAAACCUUGACGAUGAAAAGUCCACAAAGUCUAGCACAACAAGACCUACAUUGGCGUCUACUAUAGAAAAAUUAUCCAAUUUGGUGUCACAAUUUGAGUCGCAAAUCGUCAAAUUAGAGCAAGCCAACUUAGACAAGGACGAGAGAUUGAAAAUUUUGGAGGAGAAGAUUGAGACGUUGCUUAAGAAGUAA